AUGGCGAGUGAACCCAAGUCAGGGGGAUUGACUGGUGCCCAACCAUCAGUGACGCCUCUGCCUCCUGUCGGUGCCAUUGACGAUGAUGUGGCUGAGAUCCCUUGUUGGAGAAAAUGGGUCAUCCUCUUUGUUGUCUGUUGGAUGCCCCUUCCAAUGACAUUUUGGAGUACUGCAAUCAUGCCUGCUACACCCGAGGUUGCUUCAGACUUGGACAUUGGAGUGACCACCAUCAACACGGUCAAUGCUGGCGUUUUCGUCGCCCAGGCCUUGUCUGGCCUGAUAUGGCUUCCAAUUAGCACAAUAAUUGGUAGAAGGUCAACAUAUCUUGUUGCCAACCUUGUCCUGUGCCUAUGCUCUAUUGGAUGUGCCGUGGCUCCCAACAUUGCAGGGUUCGGUUCUCUCUGGAUUCUUGGCGGCACAACAGGGCCAUUCUUCCUUGUUGCCGGACAGACGAUUUUGGCAGACAUUUUUGAACCGGCAACUGUGGGCUUCUUUCUUGGCAGCUGCGUCAGUGCAAACACCAUCGCCCCACUGAUUGGUAGUAUCAUUGCCACCUUUACCAGCUGGAGAGUGAUCUAUGGGGUUGAAGCCGGCAUGUCUUGCUUCGGCCUGAUCCUCACAUUCUUUUUUAUUCCUCGAGCGAGUGAGGUCGGGAACCCCAAGACCGCCGAGGCUAUCCGCCCAAAGACACGAGGGGACAUGAUCCGGACGUUCAACCCUAUGAUUGUGUUUCGGCAGUUCAAAUACCCGAAGGUUCUAUUGGCUAACAUUGCUUGUGGCCUGUUGGCGUUCAAUCAGUACGGUCUGUUAAGUUCGGUCCGUCGUGUCGUCAAUCCUCGUUUCAACCUGAAUUCUCCUCUCGAAAGCGGUCUCUUCUACCUCGCUCCUGGCGCCGGCUUCUUGGUUGGCAGUACACUUGGUGGGAAGGUGUCAGACAUCACUGUCAGGAGAUACAUCCGAAAAAGGAACGGGCAGCGACUACCAGAGGACAGACUCAACGCCAGUCUACCUUUCAUUCUUUUUGUACUGCCUCUAGGUACACUAUUGUAUGGCUGGAGUGUACAGAAACGCAUCGGAAGCAUGGCGUUGCCGAUUGUGGGUUCCUUCAUUCAGGGAACAGGCCUCAUGGCGUCGUUCAGCGGGCUGAACACAUACGCUGCUGAAGUCCGACCAGUAUACAGAACGGCUGUCAUCACGGGUAAGUAUGUUGUUCAGUACAGCUUUGCUGCGGGAAGUGUUGGCGGCGUGGUGCCCUUGAUCAACGGUCUUGGUGUUGGAUGGGCUUUCACCAUCACUACUUUCGCAACCAUCAUCAGUGGCACGCUUGUUGUGCUAAUUUCCAGGUUCAGCAGAACAUGGAAGCAAUAA